AUGGAAGAUGUCGUCUUGGUCUUGGGAUUCUAUUCUAUUAUGAAUGAGUCAAUGGGUGGAUACAUAGUUCAACUCAUAUAUCAUCAUAAUAUAAUGUCAUCCCCAAAGGUUUUUGUUAUUGGUAACCCAUUACUCGAUAUCUCUGCUCAUGUCGACAUUGAAUUGUUCAACAAGUACGACAUCAAGUUGGGUAAUGCUAUCCUCGCCGAAGAGAAGCACCUUCCAUUAUAUGAAGAAUUAGUAACCAAGUACCAAGUUGAAUACAUUCCAGGAGGAGCUGCACAAAACACAGCACGUGUUGCUCAAUGGAUGUUGAACGAGAAGCAACAAAUCUUGUACACUGGAUGUGUUGGUACCGACAAGAAUGCCGACAUUUUAAAGAGUGCCACUGAAGCCAACGGUGUCGUUGUCAAGUACUUGGCUGACGCCUCUGCCCCAACCGGAGCCUGUGCUGUCAUGAUGAACAACAAGGAACGUUCGCUCACCACCAAUCUCGGUGCUGCCAACAACUUCAAGGUCGAACAUCUCCAAACCGACGAAAUGAAGGCUCUCAUCGAUGCCGCCGAGCUCUUUUACAUGGUCGGUUACUUUAUGACCGUCUCACCAGACUCUGCCAUGCUCCUUGGUAAGCAUGCCGCCGAAAAGAACAAGUCAUUCCUCUACGGUCUCGCCGCUCCAUUCCUCAUUCAAGUCGACUUUUUCUGGGAACGUGUCAAGGCUUUGUUGCCAUACGUCGAUGUUGUCUUUGCCAACGAAAGUGAAGCCGCCGUUUUAGGUGAGCGUAUGGGUUGGGGUGCCGAUUUGGCUGUCAUUGCCGAGAAGCUCUCUGUCUGGGAAAAGGUCAACUCUGCCCGUUCCAGAACCGUCGUUUUCACUCAAGGUCCAAACUCUACCCUUGUCUUCCAAGACGGCAAGCUCACCCAAUACUCUCCAAUCAACAUUGCCCCAGAAGACAUUGUCGAUCUCAACGCUGCCGGUGACUCUUUCUGUGGUGGAUUUGUUGCUGCUUACACUUUGGGCAAGGAAGUCUCCAAGUGUGUCGAAGCUGGUCACUAUGCCGCCUCUGAAAUCAUCCGUCAAAAUGGUUGUUCUUUCCCAUCAAAGCGUUCUUAUGAUCUCUAA